CGCACGAUGACAGAUAGUGGGCGUGGUUAAAUUAACCCUUGGAUCUCCAUCAUUAAUUUAUAAAAACGCUCACGAGUUAGGCUUUAUUGUCUCGGAAAUGGCAGCUCCAAAGACACUAUCAAGAGUGUUGUAUCAAGGUUUGCAAGCUAGCUGGAGAGGUCUCCAGCUUGCUCCACAGAGAAGUUCUUCAUAUGCAGUCACUAGACCGAACAUGCUCAUCAAUAAAGACACACGGGUCAUAUGUCAGGGGUUCACAGGGAAACAGGGGUCGUUCCACAGUGAGCAGGCCAUUGCGUAUGGUACGAAUAUGGUGGGUGGAGUCUCACCAGGCAAGGGAGGCAAGACACACCUCGGGCUACCCGUCUUUGAGUCAGUCCAAGAUGCUAAGGAUGCUACUGGUGCUGAGGCCUCGGUGAUAUAUGUUCCCCCACGGUUUGCAGCGGACGCUAUUAUAGAGGCCAUUGAUGCUGGGAUAGGACUGGUAGUAGUCAUCACUGAGGGGAUACCUCAACAAGACAUGGUACGAGUCAAACACAAGCUGGUACGACAGACCAACACCAGGAUGAUAGGACCCAACUGUCCGGGAAUUAUCAGGCCUGGUCAAUGCAAGCUAGGAAUCAUGCCUGGGCACAUCCACCAACCAGGAUCUAUUGGUAUUGUGUCCCGGUCUGGUACCCUCACAUACGAGGCAGUGUGGCAGACUACCAACGUAGGACUAGGGCAGUCACUGUGUGUGGGUAUCGGAGGUGAUCCGUUUAAUGGAACUAACUUUGUUGACUGUUUGGAUGUGUUUCUGAAAGACCCUGGAACUAAAGGAAUUGUGCUCAUUGGUGAGAUAGGAGGCUCAGCCGAGGAGAACGCCGCCCUCUUCCUUAAAGAAAACAACACUGGUCCAUCAGCCAAACCUGUGGCUGCAUUCAUAGCCGGCAUCACGGCCCCACCUGGCCGGAGGAUGGGUCAUGCUGGGGCUAUCAUCUCCGGGGGUAAAGGGGGAGCUGAGGAGAAGAUCGAGGCUCUCAAGUCAGCAGGCGUCAGUGUCACACCCUCUCCAGCAAAGAUGGGAGUGACUCUCAGAGAGGCUAUGGAGAAAGCUGGUAAAGCAUAACCACAUCCAAACUCUUAGUUCAUUUUAUAGUGCUUUGUCUAGCUGAGUGUUGCAAAUUAAUUAUUAUUGUGUGAUGGGAUCUUAAUUACACAAUGACCAUAA